CCCCACCUUAUCCACCUCCCUCUCAAAACAGCAAAUGUCCUUUCAUGGAUGAUGGAUUCCAAUCAUUUCUCCUCCACCCAGAAGCUCAUCACCACAAACAGCUGCUAUAGCUCAUAAAAAGAAGCCAUUAAAUACUAACCCCACUGAUGGCUUCUGCAACUACAAGACCCACUUUCUCCUUCCACCUUUACCAAGUCUCUCCUCCAAAACCCACUGCUCAUUUCUGCAAAUUAUCAUUCAUCUCUCUCUGUAAACCCCAAAGGACCUGUUUUAUUAUUCGCUCAGUUGAUGUUUCUAAAGAAGACAAACCUCCCACUUCAAAUCAACCAAGUAAUCCACCAGCAUCAGCACCAGCACCAUCAGCAGCAGAAUCAUCUUCUCCUGCAGAAUCACCCCCUCAAGAGUUGGAACAAAAAUUUGACCAGCGGAGGUUGGAAGAGAAGUUUGCUGUGUUGAAUACUGGGAUCUAUGAGUGUAGGUCUUGUGGGUACAAAUAUGAUGAGGCUGUUGGUGACCCAUCAUACCCAAUUCCACCAGGAUUGCAGUUUGACAAGUUGCCUGAGGACUGGAGGUGUCCUACUUGUGGGGCUGCAAAGAGUUUCUUUGAGAGCAAGAGUGUGGAGAUCGCUGGUUUUGCACAGAACCAGCAAUUUGGACUUGGAGGCAACUCACUCACUUCUGGGCAAAAGGCUAUUUUGAUAUAUGGGAGCCUAUUGUUGUUUUUUGUUUUGUUCUUGUCAGGGUACUUCCUGCAAUGAUGGAUGGCAAUUGAGAAGAUACUUUUGGUUUUAUGUUUAUGCAUGUGUGUGGUUUACUUGUGAUACUUGCAGAGUAAUAUUUAUUAGAAAUGGAUGAAUGGGGCUAUAGAAUACUAUUUUGUUAA